AGCGAGCAUUCAUGAACACUCUUCCGAGUGCUUCUUGAAACACUACUUCACUUGACUUAAUGUACAUGUAGUGCUUGUACCUUGUACGUACACCAUGUUUGCUUUUCUUGGUCCAUUCGACUUGUGGGCUCAUUCUUGCAAACCGCAUGACUUCAAGACCGUAACAAAAAUUAUCCUGCAACGAGAGUUGUACUAGAAAUUUCACAGUGAAACCAAUAUUAAAAGAGAGAAGAAGCCCAGUCUAUGCUCGUCCACGACCCGUUGAGUUGUUGUUUAGAGGUGAAGAUCGUGGGACGUCAACAUCAUAGCACGUUGGGAUGGAAUGCGUCAACUCAGUGCCGUACCUUCGUAAAGGAUGUGGUCAAUAUCACCACAAUUGUCAUCUUCUCUCGUCAAAAAAGACAAAGGGAACAUACAAAUAAAUUUCAGCUGCCUCUGAACGGAAGUUUCAUCUUGCUCUUGACUUUUUUGGGUCGUUUUCGUCGCACUACGUUGAGUCGCUUGUGAAGUCGAGAGACGCCUUUCUUCAGAAACCGGCCGUACUUAGUUGUACCACCUACAACAUAGUUCAUCAACUUCCAUAACAGGGGAACUAUUGCGA